AUGAAUCAGGCUGAGCCUCUCAGUCAGGUCGGCGACCUGGCUCUCGACACGGACGAGCCUUUGCAAUCCAUGACCAUGGAGGAGGCACCGACGACCAUGGAGGGACGCAGCAACUUGCGAAUCUCCCUCGUCAUGAUAGCCUUGGCGCUAGUCCUCUUCUGCUCCGCGCUGGACACCACCAUCGUCUCCACGGUGCUGCCCACCAUCUCCGCCGACCUGCGCUCCGCGGCCGGCUACGUCUGGGUCGGCAGCGCCUAUACGCUCGGCCACGCCGCCGCCGCCACCGUCUGGGCCAACCUGUCCGGUACCCGGGGCCGCAAGCCCGUUCUCCUAGCCGCUCUGGUGCUCUUAUUCGCCAGCUCCCUCGUCUGCGCCACCGCCGCGAGCAUGCCGGCCCUCAUCGCCGGCCGCGCCGUCCAGGGCACCGCCGGCGGUGGCAUGCUGCAGAUGGUCAACAUCAUCAUCGUCUGGACCGUCGCCGGCACCGUCGGCCCCAUCCUCGGCGGUGCGCUCACGCAGCGCCUCUCCUGGCGCUGGGUCUUCUGGAUCGACCUACCCCUCACCGGCGCCGCGCUCCUCGUGCUCGUGCCCUUCCUCGACGUCCACGACGCGCGCACCCCGCCACUCGCCGGCCUCCGCGCCGACUCGCCGACCGUCGUCUGCCUGCUCGUCCUCGGCGUCGUCGCCGUCUCGCUCUUCGUGUACUGCGAGGCGCGCCUCUCCCGCAUGCCGCUCGUCACGAGGCUGGCGUCCCCGCUGCGCUCGGGCGUCUUGUUCCUGCCAAUCGUCAUCAGCUCCUCGCUGAUGAGUGGCGGUGUCGGGUUCGUGAUUCACAAGACGGGCCGGUACGUCGAGAUCACCCACAUCGGGUGGAUACUUGUGCUCCUUGAAACUGGUCUCUUCAUUGACUUUGAUCGCUCGUCCUCCCUCGCCAAGAUCAUCGCCUACCAGAUCAUCCUCGGCUUCGGCAUGGGCAUGCUCGUCUUCCCACCGCUGCUGGCUCUCCACGCCAACGUCACCAGUGGGCAGACGGCCGCCGCGACGGCUACUUUUGGCUUCGUUCGAAGCAUGUCGGCGUCCGUGGCCGUCGUCCUUGGUGGUGUUCUCUCCAGAACGGGAUGA